AUGGCAACCAGGACACUUGUCGUCGACAAUGGCGCAGCAACUAUAAAGUUCGGAUUCGCAGACGAGGACACGCCCUAUAGGACAUUCGCCAACAACAUCUCUCGGUCCAAGGCAGAGCGAAAGACUUUUGUAGGCGAUCAGCUCGAAACCUGUAAGGACUUUUCAGGACUGUACUACAGACUCCCUUUCGAGAAGGGCCUACUGACGAGUUGGGAUGUCGAGAAACAGGUCUGGGACAGACUGUUCAACGGGAAGAUUGUACCCUGUGAGCCUUCAGCGACAACCCUGCUGAUCUCAGAGCCGAUUCUGAACCUCCCCAACAUUGCCACCACCUACGACCAACUUGUCUUCGAGGAGUACGGCUUUCACUCGUAUACCCGCAUGUCCGCUCCUCAGAUGGCCAUGUACAACGAAAUCCCACGACUCUACGGACAAAAGAUGACCAGCGGGAAGAAAAGGGUCGAUUGUGCUGUUGUGGUGGACUCUGGAUACUCUUUCACCCAUAUCAUCCCGUUUUGGAAGGGUAAGCCGAUCUUGGUUGGAAUUCGAAGGAUCAACGUCGGGGGCAAGCUGCUGACGAACCAUUUGAAGGAAAUCAUCUCCUUUCGAUACUGGAAUAUGAUGGACGAGACGUACCUGGUGAAUGAGGUCAAGGAAGCCUGUUGCUAUGUCUCCAACAAGUUCUGGGAUGAAUUGGAUAUUUGCAAGAAAUCUCCACGAGCAAACAAGAUUCUCCAACAUUAUGUCCUGCCCGAUUACUCCUCUCAACAAAGGGGCUACGUCAAGGGUGGAUCGAAAUCGAAACAAAGAGAGAAAAAAAGAAAAGGGCCAGGCAAGAUGGAUUUGGAUCAUGCUGAGGAUGAGACCAACGAGGCUGACAGCGAAAAAGAAGAUUCAGAUCAGGGUGACAGCGACAGUGACGAGGAUAUGUCCGAGCCAAACGAGGAUGAGCAGGUGUUGACGAUGAACAACGAACGGUUCACUGUACCAGAGAUUCUUUUUAACCCCUCAGAUAUCGGCAUGGAUCAGGCAGGCAUCCCGGAGGCUAUCGUCGACGCCAUCUCUUCAUGCGACGAAGAAAUCCAAGGGAUGCUCUAUGCCAACAUCGUGCUCAUCGGCGGCAAUGCUAGACUUCCAGGAUUCAGGAAGAGAGUGGCUAACGACCUGCGGGAAAUUGCGCCGUCAGAGUACGACGUUCGGGUCGGCAUCGACAAAGACCCCUUCGGCUAUGCAUGGAAGGGGGGGAAACGCUUGGCCACGAUGGACGAGUUUGCAAGCGAGUUUAAGAACAGGUUGGUGACGAGAGCCGAGUACUUGGAAACCGGUAGUGCCCUAUGCGAGUCAAGGUUCCGCUCCGCUGUUUAG